CAGAGAGACGCCAUUGGGUGUGGCUUCCAAAAAACUCUUUAAAGGUGGUGGCUCAGCUGAGUAUUAAAGGAUGGCCUCCUCGGAUCUGGAACAAUUAUGCUCUCAUAUUAAUGAAAAGAUUGCCAACAUUAAAAGAACUCUGUCACUGAGAAAUUGUGGUCAGGAACCUACCUUGAAGACUACAUUAGAUAAAAUAGGAGAUGAAAUCAUUGUAGUAAAUGAACUUCUAAAUAAAUUGGAAUUGGAGAUUCAAUAUCAAGAACAAACCAACCAUUCACUCAAGGAACUCUGUGAAUCUCUUGAAGAGGAUUAUAAAGAUGUGGAGCAUCUCAAAGAAAACAUUCCUCCCCAUUUGCCUCAAGUAACAGUAAGCCAGAACUUUGCUAAUGUGUCAGAUCUUGACCCUGAAGAACCAGUCAAAGUUGAGGAACCUGUACCCACAAAGAAGCCCCCAAAAGAACAAAGAAGUAUUAAAGAAAUGCUAUUUAUAACUUCUGAUGAAUUUAAUGGCAUUCCAGCGUACAUGAAAUCUCGCUUAACUUAUUGUCAAAUUAAUGAUGUUAUUAAAGAAAUCAACAAGGCGGUGGUUAGUAAAUAUAAGAUCCUACAUCAACCAAAAAAGUCAAUGAGUUCCGUGGCCAGAAAUCUCUAUCACAGAUUUAUUGACGAAGAAACAAAGGAUACCAAAGGUCAUUAUUUCAUAGUGGAAGCUGACAUAAAGGAGUUCACAGCUCUGAAGGCUGACAAGCGCUUUCACGUGAUCCUGAAUAUCUUACGACACUGCCGGAGGCUCUCAGAGGUCCGAGGCGGGGGCCUUACCCGAUACGUUAUAACCUGAAGCACGUGGGAUCUUUUGAACUGGCUAACAAUAGGGGGUAGAGGCCACUCACAUAGUUUUCUUAUAUGUAAUUUCUUUAUAUAUAAAAUUUCUUUGGCUUUUUCAUUUUCUUUUUUAGCUUCCUAUAAAAACGAAACGUUUUAGUAAGUAAAGCAUAUAUAUUUUAAAAUUCACUUUCUUUCAGCACAUAUUUAACCCCCUACCACAUGAGCCUCUGUGCUAGGCGUAUAAUGGAACUAAAAAAUAUUCAUGGUUAGUUUUUGUGUUUAGUGACAGUGCUGUAGACCUCAGUAAGACAGAUACACAUGUGAUAAUGGAAGGAAAAGGUCAAGAAGAUAAGGUCAAGCGUACCCAGGCUCCUUUUUUUUUUUUUU